GACCGAAAGUUCCAUCAUGGCGAAAGAAAUGAAGGAUCUUCAGAAACGGUGGCACUCCAUGUUGGAAACCGUCAACAGCAAUUCACAUGUUGUUGCUUUUAUGAACUCUCGGCUCGGCCAGUACUUGGACCGCCACCCCUUUGUCGCCCUGUCCCUGCUGGUCUUCAUGGCUGUGUCCGCAGUGCCCGUCGCGUUCUUUCUGAUCUUCGCCAUUUUCACCAGUGUCAUUGCCUGCAUUGGCGUGAUCAUCCUCGAAGGUUUCGUCGUGUCACUGGGAGGUGUCACCCUGCUGUGCGUGCUCGGCGGACUGGGAGUGGUGUCUCUGGCGGUUUCCGGGGUGCUGAGCGUGAGCUACGUGGCACUGACAACCAUGCUCAAGUACUGGUCUGGUCCGAACUGCCAAUCAAAGAAAGAAGCCGCUAAUGGAUUCAGCUUGCUCCAGAACAGCUCCUCUGCCUCAGUCGAGCCUGACGCUAAUAAGACUGAAUAA